AUGAUAUUCAACAGCAGUGCGACGGAUCCGUUGGUUCAUUAUGGUCGUCAUUUCGGGAGAACGGUCCAUGCCCUUUGCAACUUCCAAGCCCUUCUAACAAACAGAAUUCUACGGAUGGGAGAAUUAGCUGAUGCUCCAGAGGAAAACUUUACAGCCAAGGAACAAUGUGAGCAUCAUGUUUUCCAAGAACUUCUCAAAUCUGUGGCAGGCCUGGAAGAGUGUUUGAUGCAAGGCGGAGAUGAUGAGGUUGAUGCUGUCGCGGAGCUGGCAAGCGCAUCUGGAGCAAGAGGUGAUGAUACAAAAAGUCUCAAAGGCAGUGUCCUCAAUUGGAUUACCCCAAAGGGACAAAAUCUCAUUCCUCCUCUUGCUCGCGACAUGAAAGUCGACUGCGGUUUUCACCAUGAACGGACAGGUGUGUUACUUUUUCCUGCUGGCCUUGACUGGUCUAACUCUGAGACGAAAGCUAAACUAAAGAGUGGCGAGAUCAUUGUGACUGGAGACCAGUGGCCGCUGUUCUUGUAUGCAGACUACCAUUAUGAUCUCAAGGAUCCAUGGAAUGGUCUAUUUCAAAGUGCCUUACUUGUUUGUGCAUAUAGACACACCUUCACGUCCCCCAGUUCUGUGGACAGAGAACUCAUUCAGGUAAUGCUCAGAUUCAUGGAAUGA